AUGGACAGGCAACACCCGAUUAGCCCUUUGGCGGUAGUAGGCAUCUCUUGUAGACUACCUGGCGGUGCCAAUGACACCGACAAGCUAUGGGACCUAUUGAAGGAUGGUGUUGACACAUGGUCACCGGUGCCAGAGGACCGAUUCAACGAGAGUGCAUUUCAUCACCCUAGUCCGGAUGAUCCCAAUGGAAGCAACAACCACCGUGGUGGGCACUUUAUUGAUGCCAAUAUAUCAAGUUUCGAUGCCUCCUUCUUCCGAAUAUCGCCACAGCAGGCGGCUGUCAUGGACCCUCAGCAGCGCAUCCUGCUGGAAAUGACUUAUGAAGCACUUGAGAGCGCCGGCAUGCCUCGUGAGCAAUACAGAGGCUCGAAUACUGGCGUAUUCGGCGCGCUGUUCAUCACCGACUUUGAUCGUAACAUGCUCAAGGACACCAUCGGAAAGUCACCCUAUACUCUGCUGGGAAAUGAAGAGGCAAUACUCACAAACCGAAUUUCACACGCACUUGAUCUACACGGCCCAUCACUGACACUUGAUACUGGCUGUUCGGGGGGAAUGGUUGCUCUACAUCAGGCAUGUAACGCCCUGCGCAGUGGGGAGUGCGAGACAGCUAUUGUUGUAUCCGGGAACAUCACGCUGAGCCCUGACCAUACAGCGGAAAUGGCCAAUCUACAUUUCUUGAAUAGCAACGGGCGUUCAUAUCCAUUUGAUAGCCGAGGAGAUGGGUAUGGACGUGGGGAGGGCUUUGUUGCCAUUAUUCUCAAACGCAUGCAAGACGCCAUUGAUGGUCGGUUUCCAGUCCAAGCCGUGAUUCGAAGUACAGCCAUCAACCAGGACGGUUAUACCCCUGAGGGCAUUACAUACCCCAACAGCAAGGCUCAAGAGGAUCUUAUUAGAUACACCUAUGCAAGAGCUGGCUUACGGCCUCAAGACGUCUCAUACAUCGAGGCUCAUGGGACGGGAACGCUGGCCGGUGAUUUCCAAGAGCUAUCUGCCAUUUCCAACACCUUCACAGGCGCAGACCGCUCCUUGCCAUUGUUUAUAGGCUCAAUCAAGGGUAAUAUAGGGCACACAGAGAACACCAGUGGUCUGGCUGGACUGCUCAAAUCGAUACUAGUCCUCCAGCGUAAAGAGAUCCCUCCCUUGGCUUGCUUUGAGAAACCAAAACCGGGCCUACCGCUUGAUCAUAUCAACCUGCCAACAACUCUAUCACCAUUGCCCCAGGAAUCAGGUCGACUUUCACUAGUUUCUGUCAACUCCUUUGGCUUUGGAGGCACAAACGGUCAUGCGAUUCUGGAAGAGGCUCCCAAAGCAGCGGUCUCAUCCGCUGACUGCUCCUCAAACAGUUCACCUCUUCUCUUCCGUUUUUCUGCCGACUGCAAGGAAUCACUCUUGGCAAUCAUAAGAAAUCAUCAGUCAUGGCUCAGGCUCCACCAGGACGCAUCGCUGGCCGAUUUUUCAUACACCCUCUGUGAGCGCCGCACUGCGUUCCCAUGGCGUUUCAGCUGCGUUGCUGAAACGCAUGCUCAGCUUGCACAGAAGCUGGCCGACGGCGCGGCCGACUCGAUCCAGGCCACUCCUUCAAAGAAGACAAGCGUUGCAUAUGUGUUUACCGGGCAGGGGGCCCAGUGGAUUGGCAUGGGUCGUGAACUGAUGACAGGGGAAAAGGGCACAGUUUCUGCAUUCUGCGCUUCGAUCCACGCUUCCACCAAGAUUCUCUUGGCACUUGGUGCAACAUGGAAUCUGGAGGCGGCACUUUCUGGAACUGGAGCAGAAGCAGAGUUGAUCAACACGGCCGAGUUGGCGCAGCCUGUAACCACCGCUUUACAAAGGCAUGUUCCUGAAACCAAUCUCACUCUCCCCAUGGAUUAUUCGAUUGCUAACUGCCAGGGCAUAAAGCCCGACGUCGUUAUAGGACACUCAAGUGGCGAGAUUGCAGCUGCGUAUACCGCGGGCUAUCUUUCUCACCAUGCGGCCCUCGCCGUCGCAUUCCACCGUGGCUUCAUGGCCCAGACGGCCAAGUCGAAGGAUUGGCCUGCCGGCGGCAUGAUGUCUGUAGGUCUUGGUGAAGAUGAAGCAACCGAGCUUCUUCAAGGCCUCCAAAGUGGAAAGGCUGUCACUGCAUGUGUUAACAGUCCUAGCAAUGUCACCAUCUCGGGUGAUACAGCUGCCCUUGACGAAAUUUCUUCAAUUUUGCAAGCUAAUGGAAACGGCACGUUUCAUCGCCGCUUGGCGGUCGACACAGCCUAUCACUCCCAUCACAUGCAGGCUGUAGCAGAAGACUAUCGCACACGCCUUGUUGGACUUGAGCACAUGAAGCCUGAAGAGACCACCGAGUGCCCUCUUUUCAUCUCCUCGGUCACAGGAGUUGCCAAAUCAAGCGAGUUUGGUAUACAGUAUUGGAUUGAUAACCUGGUUUCUCCUGUACGAUUCUGCGAUGCCGUCCAAACUGCAUCACGAGACUUCUACAGUGCCAGUCAACGCAACUCUCAUGUUUUCUUUGUCGAAAUUGGUCCGCACCCAGCUCUGGCAGGUCCGGUUCGUCAGUCUUUGGGUGCACUCCCAGGAAAGAGCUUCGAGUUUGACUACAGCUCCGUCCUCCAGCGAAAGACGAGUGCCGUCGUAAGUGCGCUGUCACUUCUAGGUGGAUUCUUUGAGAGAGACGUGCCCAUCGCGUCUGGUGCAUUAGCCGAUUUGACUCCUCGACUCUCGACGGCCAGAGUAUGCCCCGACUUACCAUCUUAUGCGUGGGAUCACUCUGUUGAUCACUGGAAAGAGUUCCGCCACAGCUCUGAACAUCGCUUCCGACGUCACCCGUACCACGAUCUACUUGGUGUGCGCAUACCAGGCUCCGCCGGCAACGAACCUCAAUGGCGCCAUGUCAUUGGCUUGGACACGUUGCCGUGGCUCGCAGACCACAUCAUUGAUGGUCUGUCCAUCUUUCCUGGAUCUGGGUAUAUGUGCAUGGCGGCAGAGGGAGUUCGGCAGAUAAAAAUGGAUUCUCACCCAACAAAGAAGCUUGAGUCUUUAGUUUUUCGACAGGUUUCGUUUCUCCGAGCACUCGUCAUCCCGGCUAGUGGCCAGGUCGAGCUGUAUCUGCGAUUUAAGCCGCGAACGACCAUUGGUCUUGACUUUUCCUUCUCAAUCUCAACUCUAUCUGAUGGUCAGUGGAAUGAAAACUGUACGGGCCUUAUCGAGGGGCUGCUCGCUGAUGAGCUCUUGGAAACUGUUCAAGAUGUCGCUCAAGCCGCCCGGGCUGAGCCUGUUCAUGGGCAUGAUCUUCCAGCCAGUCAACUUUACGAGACGCUCAAGACAGCCGGUAACACCUACGGCCCAACCUUUGCCGCGAUCCGGUCCUACAAUUAUACAUCUGAUGAUGAGCUUCAAGCCACAGCAACUGUAACCGUUCCUGAUGUGGCUGCCACCAUGCGUGCUCGCUAUCAACAGCCUCACUUGAUACAUCCCACGACUCUCGAUGCAAUCCUGCACUCAUCCCUUCCUGUCGCUGAGAAGCGCCUGGGCUCAGGCUCGAUAAUGCCUGUGUACAUCGAGGAGCUUCUUAUGUCCGCCACAUCAGAACUUCCCAGUGAGCCUGGCUCCGAGCUAGAAGUGAAGACUAAGAUCUCAUCUGGCCAUUUCCGAACCGCGUAUACCGAUUUCUCCGUCACAGCUGGCAAUAUUCCCGUCAUGAUGAUUUCUGGCGCUGAAAUGCGCAAAGUGGGAGGCAGUGCGGAGGAUGCGAGCCAAAUCACAGCUGAAGAGCAGCGCCCGGUUUGCUUCCAAGUUGAGUGGGGAGCUGACCAGGAAUUCCUCCGGGCCGAAGACAUAGAAGUGAAUCCCACGUUGGAGCAGCUUCUGGGUCAUAUAGCGUUCAAAACUCCAGGGCUUUCCGUUUUGGACAUUGGACCCAGUCGGCGAGCCAAUUCAAUCUCUGUCGCUGACGUGAUCCAGGGACAUAGGGGUUCUGUGAGCAUUUAUGACAUGGUGGAGCCCGCCGCUGAACCUCAUGGUGUGAAUGGUGUCAACGGCCAUCGAACUGACAUUCUCGAAAGUAUCAAGCAGAGCUUGCGAUCAUCAGCUUAUGAUUUAAUCUUGAUCACAGACUCCGGGUGGAUACAUGCUGCCUCCUCGUUGAUCAAGCCCGGUGGCGUCUUAAUCUCUACUCUAGAGCUGACUGAUGAACUUCCAUCUAUGAAUUCAGUCCCGAUGAAGAGCCAGCUUUGUUUUAGGGAUAAUCAUCUAAACCUCUCCAUCACGAUGCUACGCCCCUCGAGCGAGCAGACCAUGGCAAGCUCGAAUACAGUUCAAGUCAUAUGUCAUUCGGAAGAGUCUUCCAUUUCUCCCUGGGCAAGAAACCUUGUUCACACGCUACCCUCCUACCGUGUCGGGAUUGAAGGUGCUCCUACCACGUUGAAUAGCAUGGCUGUUGCUGCCAGCGCCACAUCGGACAAGAUUAUGCUAGUUAUCGAAGAUCAGUCUACAGCAAUCCUAUCAGACGAGAAGUAUUUCGAAGCAGGAAUAUCUCUGUUGAAGCAGCCGGCGAGGGUCGUAUGGAUAAAUUCGGAAAAGGACGUCCGGAUGCAUCAGAUCACCGGUGUGAUCAGAACAGCCCAUGCAGAGAACGACAACUUACAUGCUACUACCAUCCACGUGGGCUCGGAGUCACCUUCAGGCUCUCGAUUCCAUGAAUUGGUUGCCUUCGCCGUUUCCAAGGUGGGUGACAGCAAUAGAGAGCGAGAAUACCGUGUGCUAGACAAUGGCACGAUUAUGGUGCCUCGCCUUCGCACACACGAUGGAUAUACGAACGCUAUUCGAGCCGAGCUGAGCGACACUUGUGAAAUCAUGGAACGCCCUAUUACCGAUAUAUCUCGGCCCGUCAGACUUCAUGUCAGUGAUGAUCGAGAAAUCAACGAUCCUUGCUUUUCUGAAGAACAACCACCAUCCGCCAGGGCAUUGGCCCCGGACGAGGUUCAGUUGGCUGUGGAAUACAUGUCGUUGGCAAAAUCCUACGGUUCAAUCCAACUGUGUGAAUAUGUUGGCACCGUCGCUAGGAUUGGUUCAUCGGUCAACCAUUUCACCAUCGGUGAUACCGUGGUUGCUUUGGGAUCUUCAGUGGGUUCAAGUCAUCCCUACAUGCCCCGAGCCCACGUGGCUCGUUUACCCAUGGGAGUACCUCCAGCAAAAGCUUCGGCUCUCUUGUUAAAUGCAAUGGCUGCCACUUACUCGUUACGAGAACUGGCCAAGUUGAGCCUAGGAGACGCAGUCCUGAUCCAUGGAGCAGCCACAGCGGCGGGCCGAGCGGCCAUCUCGGCGGCCAAGGCCAUUGGAUUGCGCAUCAUUUGUACUGCAGCUGACUCUGUUGAUGCCAAAUGUCUUCAGGAAAGAGAAGGAUUCUUAGCCGGUGACAUUUUCGUUACUCGGCCCUCCUUCAGUCGCCUCUCUGCCGAGCAAGUGUUUAGCGUCGCUGUAGACGCCGUUAUUAUUGCAACUGAAGCUUCACUUCCGGUCGAAAUCAUGAGACAUUUGCGUCCGGGUGGGUCUGUGAUCCUCACAGACUCUUUCAGUCACCAAAAGUCUAUGACCACACUGCCAGGCAAGUUGUCGGCAAAUGCCACUUUAUACCACUGCAACAUCGAUGAGCUAUUGGCAGCAUGUCCCCAAAUGAUCUCCUCUCUUCUUCCUGAUGCUGUUGCUACACUGAGUAGCGUCUCCCUCGAUGGCCUAGACAUUCUAGUCAAUGACGUCUCCAAGACUGCUGAGGUACUGAAACUCCUCGACAGCAACAUGUAUUCCAAAGCGGUCAUCCAAGUCAAUGCCGACUCCAAGACAUCAGUCAGAGCUAUGAAGAGUUUCAUGUGGCAGGGUCAAGAGGUGACUUUUGUUGUUUCGGGAGGAUUAGGCGAUUUAGGGCAACGGUGUCUAAAGAUCUUAGCAAGUCGUGGCGCAAGGUCACUCGUUACUUUGUCAAGAAGCUUCCUUACUCCCGAAAAGCUACAAAGCCUUGAGAGAGCUCUGGAGGAUAUUCAACCAGGCUGCCGCCUAUAUUGUAUUGAAUGUGACAUCUCAAUCGAGAGCAAUGUCAAGGAGGCAGCUCAGAAGAUCAAGGAUCUAGGACUUCCACCAGUUUGUGGAAUUAUACAGUCUUCUACGGUACUCCGAGACAGCACACUUGAGACCAUUAGUUUUGCAGACUACCAGUUGACAUCACGUAUCAAGGUGGAUGGCUCCAUGCAUCUUUACAACGCAAUGUCAUCUCCCAGCUUAAAGUUCUUCAUAUCGAUGUCUUCCGUUGUCGCUGUAGUCGGUACCAGCGGUCAGGCCAACUACAGUGCUGGCAAUGCGGCCCAGGACAUCAUGUCACAAAUACACAGAGGAGAUUCCUGCCAUUUUACCUCUCUCAACAUUGGGUGGGUUGAAGACUCUCAUCUAACGUCAGACUUUGAUGUCCGCAAGAAUGCCAUCCUUCGCGCUGGGCUUACCCCAGUAGGACCAGAGUCUCUUUACAAAUAUCUCGACUACUCCUUUGCAUCCUCGGCCACUGAAGACCAUGUGUCCCAAAUCGCAAUUGGGAUUGAACCAAGGGUCAUUGCCCAGUCUAUUGCCACCAACGGCACUGUGUAUUCCCCAAUGUUCAGUCAUGUUUUACAUGGUAUCACAGAUAGCACAGAGCCAAAACGCGAGACUACCGCCCAGAACUUUGCGCAGGUUGCUGCCUCUGGCGACAUUGACAUAAUUAUCGACUUUAUAGCUACGAGAUUUACUAUCCAACUAGCUAAGCUUAUCUACGCCGACCCUUCAACAAUUGAUCGUUACCGUACAUCUCUGUUGGCCCUGGGACUGGAUUCUCUGAUUGCAAUAGAGCUCCGAAACUGGAUUCAGAGAGAAUUUGACACGCGCCUGCAGUCAUCUGAGAUUUUCGCCCAGCAGGAUGUUUAUACUCUUGCGGAGAAGAUUGCCGCACGCUCUCAGGUUGUUUCCGGACUUGAAUUUGAGGUAUAA